AUGAAAUCACACACCUGGUGGUCCUUGACCAUCGCUUUGCUAUCUAGAUUCGUUGCGCCUUCUUCUCUUGAUGUGACUCUCACUUCAGGAAAUUUCCGCGGGAUUUCAACAGAAAAUGGAACAGAAAAAUGGCUGGGUAUUCCUUACGCAACCCCUCCGACUGGAGAACUGCGGUUCAAGGCGCCCACUGCGUUCAUAAAGUCAAAUAACAGUCUCCAGCAAGCUUCCACUUUCGGAAAUGCCUGUCCUCAGCCUCCGGCGAACUUGGGCGCUGCAAUGAGCGAAGACUGUCUGUUCCUCAAUGUCUGGCGUCCUCAAAAUACAAGUUCAGAUGCAAAACUGCCGGUGCUGGUUUGGAUACACGGAGGAGCGUAUACCAACGGUGCCGCCUCUGAGGCCCAAUAUGAUCCUACUCGCAUAAUCACACGAAGCAUUGACGUCGGGAAGCCUAUAAUAUUCGUCUCAAUAAACUACCGCCUUAAUACAUUUGGAUUCCUCGCAAGCUCGUUGGUUGCUCCUCAGGAUCUUGACGCUGGCUUACUUGAUCAACGCCUGGCGUUCGAAUUCGUUCAAGACAAUAUUGCUGCGUUUGGGGGAGAUGCAAGCAAAGUUACCAUUUGGGGUCAGUCUGCUGGAGCAGGAAGUGUCGAAUCGCACCUUUUGUAUCCAUCUGAUCGACCUUUGUUCAGAGCCGCCAUGGCUGACUCUUCAACUGGACCAUUUAAAAGCUCCCCUCCAGCAAGUACUUACGACAAGCCUGGUCUACCUUUCAAUCGUCUUCUCGGAGCUACGGGAUGUACCUUUGGCUCACAAGCCUUAGCAUGUCUGCAGAAUGUCCCAUUCGAAACUCUUCUCAAUAUAAGUAAUGCAAUGAUAGCGGGGACGCUGAAUUCACAGCUGUGGCAACCCUGUGUUGGUCCAGCUGGAAGCUUCGCUGACGCUCGAGCGUCAUCCAAAAUACAGAACAAAGAGUUUCUGCAUGUACCAUACUUCGCAGGAACGAACGGUAACGAAGGAACAACAUUCAGUGAAUCUGUCGAGGGUCUCAACCUUACUGGUGCCGCUCAGGAUGACGCUUUCGUCAACUUCAUUGGCCAUCUAGUCAUCGACAAUAGUACUUUGACUACUGACAUUUAUGAUAAAAUGCUUACUUUAUGGCCGGCGAACGAUCCACUAUUGGGAGCACCUUUCAACACAGGGGACUCUCUGUUCGACCGUGCUGAAGCCUGGUAUACCGACCAGAUGUUUCUGACGCCCAGACGAUUAUUUUUCGAAAAUGGAGCGUCCUUGCAACCGAUGUUCGCUUACUAUUUCAGAGAAUUCAUUCCUGGACAGAACCCUGCUCUUGGAGUAUUUCAUGCCUCAGAGCUACUCUUACUCUUUGGCCCAGUCCCUACUACCGUCGAAACUGAAUUUGCGGAUCAAAUGUUGGAUUUCUACAUCAACUUCAUCAACGAUCUGAACCCUGGUCCUUCGUGGCCAAGAUAUUCGACCGAAUCGCGAAGCGUAAUGCAGCUGUUGCGUGGCAAUACAACUGUUGUUCCUGACACUUGGGAUAUCGAUAAAACUCAGUUCUUGCUCACUCAGAAAGUGUUGGAUGAAUUUCAGAAGUAA